GCGAGGUCAUUCUACAUGGUGCUCGACACAGGCAGCGACGUCAGCUGGAUUCAGUGCCUCCCCUGCGCCAACUGCUACGAGCAGUCGGACGCCGUCUUCGAUCCCUCCGCCUCCUCCUCCUACACCCCUCUUUCCUGCGAAUCUCCUCGAUGCCGCGAUCUCGGGUACGGAUACGCCUGCGUCAAUUCCACAAUCUCUUCUUCCUCCGCCACUACCGGAAGCGGCGGCGGCGACGGCGACGGCGCCGAGGGUAGCUGUCUUUAUGAGUCAUGGUACGGAGAUAACUCAUUCUCGAUUGGAGAUUUUGCCACGGAGACGGUGGGCUUCAGCCGGGAGGCCGAGUUUUCCGGCUUGUCCAUCGGGUGCGGCCACGAUAACGAGGGCCUGUUCUACGGGUCCGCCGGGAUUCUAGGUCUCGGCGCCGGGUCCCUCUCGUUCGUCUCCCAGAUAUCGGCCCGCUCCCUGUCCUACUGCCUCGUAGACCGCGAUUCCAUCGCCGCCUCCACCCUCCGCAUCGGUUCCCGCCACGGCGGCCGGGCAGAGAUCACGGCGCCCCUCAUCCGCAACGGCACUGCGAUUCCCUACUACUAUGUGGAGUUGACGGGGAUCAGCGUGGGCGGGAAGAUGCUGGACGCGCCGCCGUCGACGUUCGCGGUGAACGUGAGCAACUGGGGUGGGGGCGUGAUCCUGGAUACCGGCACGGUUGUGACGCGGCUGUUUGGGAAGGUGUACGCGGCGCUGCGAGACGCUUUCCGGGCGGGGACGGCGGCGCUUCCGGCGGCGGAAGAGUGGUCGAUUUUCGACACGUGUUACAAUCUGACGGGGUUGGAGAGCGUGGAGGUGCCAACGGUGGCGUUCCACUUCCCGAGGGGGCAGGAGCUGCAGCUGCCGGCGAAGAACUACCUGAUUCCUGUGGACGAUGCCGGGACCCACUGCCUGGCGUUCGCGCCGUCGUCGGUGCCGGCGAACAUCAUCGGCAGCGUGCAGCAACAGGGGAUACGUGUCAGCAUCGACCUCGUUCGAUCCCGAGUGGGUUUCACUCGACGCAUGUGUUAA